AUGGAUCACCUGACUGCGCUCUUCCAAGAGAUGUGGCGUCAAGGUGAAGUCCCGCAAGAUUUAAAAGACGCAACCAUCGUGCAUCUCUACAAGCGCAAAGGGAAUCGUUAUGUCUGCGACAAUCACCGCCGCAUCUCCCUGCUGAACAUCGCCGGGAAGAUCUUCGCCCGCAUCCUUCUCAACCGCCUCAAGAACCAUCUGGAACAGGGCCUUCUGCCGGAAAGCCAAUGCGGCUUCCUUCGUCAUCGUGGGACCACGGAUAUGAUCUUCGCCGCCCGUCAAUUUCAGGAUAAGUGCCAGGAGAUGCGGACCCACCUGUACUCUACCUUCGUGGACCUGACGAAAGCCUUCAACGCGGUGAAUCGUGAAGGACUGUGGAAGAUCAUGCAGAAAUUCGGCUGUCCAGAGCGAUUCACUCAGAUGGUGCGUCAGCUGCAUGACGGUAUGAUGGCGCGAGUCACGGACAACGGAGCUGUCUCAGAGGCAUUCGCAGUGACCAACGGAGUGAAGCAGGGCUGUGUGCUGGCGCCUACCCUCUUCAGUCUCAUGUUCUCUGCCAUGCUGAUGGACGCCUACCGCGACGAAUGCCCUGGAAUCCGCAUCGCCUAUAGAACGGACGGUCACCUCCUGAAUCAACGACGGAUGCACUUCCAAUCGCGCGUAUCCGCAACCACCGUUCACGAACUCCUCUUCGCCGACGACUGUGCCCUGAACACCACCUCGGAAGAGGAGAUGCAACGGAGCAUGGACCUGUUCUCCGCCGCCUGCGAGAACUUCGGUCUGGUCAUUAACACGCAGAAGACGUUGGUGAUGCACCAACCGCCACCCCACUCAGUCACAGCCCCCAACGCGCCGCCGCAAAUCAGCGUGAACGGAACCCAACUGCAAGUGGUGGAGAACUUCCCGUACCUGGGCAGUACUCUCUCCCGCAACACCAAGAUCGACGACGAAGUCGCCAACAGGAUCUCGAAAGCAAGUCAAACCUUCGGUCGCCUUUAA